GAUGUAGCUCUCAGAAGAACUGUUGAAAAUAAACACGUUCUCCAUGUUCAAACGGUCACUUGGGGUGAGGGUGAGUAGAAAGCAGUGUUGCUCACGAGACUGAACCGGCUGCACAGGUGUUUCUUCCUCGUUGGAAACCAAACAGUAAGUUCUGUUAUGUGACCUGCUGGAGACCAGUAACAGAUAGCCUUAGUUUUAUAAGCCGUUUAAAAACAUAGACCGCCUUUCCAUUAUUCAUAAGACGGGCACAUGUUGUUGGCUAUCGGUGUCAUUGUAUGGUGUUGGGGAUUGUUGAGUCGCAGACCGAUGCUGCGCCACCAGGGCAAGCAGAAAGGCCGCUGUUGCGUCUUGUUCAGUGACCUGAAGGUUUUCCUACUCAGGCCACCGGCACCGUCGGCAUCGCCACCUGUCUUCACACCCAUGAACGAACUAAACGCAGAGGGCAAUGCGACGAGCAGCGCCACAGAGAGCCACUCUUUAGCCAACGGACAUUAUCAGCCGGUGACAGGUGAGGCUUUGGACACACUAGGGGCCGAAGACUGGACUCAUAGCGCAGUGGAUCCGCCGAGGACGCUGGACUGUUGCAGCUCAUCUGAGGAUUGCUCUAAGGAGAAGCUGGACGAGAGAUUAUCCCUGAACAGCUGCACGGACAGUGGAGUCAGGACUCCGUUGUGUCGGAUCUGUUUUCAGGGCCCAGAGCAGGGGGAGCUGCUGAGCCCGUGUCGCUGUAGUGGUUCUGUUCGCUGCACUCAUGAGCCCUGUCUAAUAAAGUGGAUUAGUGAGAGAGGAUCCUGGAGCUGCGAACUCUGCUACUACAAAUACCAGGUCAUCGCCAUCAGCACCAAGAACCCGCUACAGUGGCAGGCCAUCUCUUUGACAGUGAUAGAGAAAGUCCAGAUAGCUGCAGCUGUUCUGGGUUCACUGUUCCUGAUAGCCAGUAUCUCCUGGCUGGUGUGGUCCUCCCUCAGCCCCUCGGCCAAGUGGCAAAGGCAGGACCUGCUCUUCCAGAUCUGUUAUGCCAUGUACGGCUUCAUGGACCUGGUUUGCAUUGCUCUGAUUGUCCACGAGGGUCCCUCCGUAUUUCGCAUCUUUAACCGCUGGCAGGCUGUUAAUCAGCAGUGGAAAGUCUUAAACUACGACAAGGUCAAAGACAAUGAGGAGCACCAGAAGACCUGUGCCACAUUCCGGAACUUCUCUCUGCCGCUGCCGCACCGCAUGGGGCCGUCCGGCACAGAAGGCGAAGCCUCCACCUCUACGUCUUCCCUCAUGGCUGCGGCUGCAGCGGCGGCGGCGGGAACCGUAACCCCCUCCACAAACUCCGUCCUGUUGGCAGCAGGUGCCACGACAGAGCCGCAGGACUCAUCUGAGCCCAGCAACGGACAGCCCUCGCUGCCGGACCACCACUGUGCUUACAACAUCCUUCAUCUCCUCAGCCACCACCUGAGACCCCAGGAGGCACGCGGACAGACCAGCAACAGCAACCGCGAACUGGUCAUGAGAGUUACUACAGUGUGAGGCCCGGUUUACGGUGGAAUCUCUGCAUGCGACGUAUUUAAAGAAAGGAUUCACUGAAGAGAAUCAAACCGUGUCACCCAGUGCAGUGCUGUCCGGGUUUAAGAGAGUUUUUGUUUUUCCAUUUUUUUACAGUAUUGAAUAAAACAAGCAAGCAAGUUUCUCUCGCAGUGGUUACAGGAAAGAUUAUGGCCAUAAAGCUGCAUACUAGAAAUUAUGCAAGCCACUGAGAAAGGUCAAAGGUCAGUGAA